AUGGUUUUUCUGAAUUCUUUGGGCGUUAUUACAUCUUAUCAGUUACGAGAUACUGAAGCAUAUCUAUUCAACAUUGAAAAAAUAGAAGUGCCGCCACUACAGCCUAGCGAUUGCUUUGUUAAGAUUGAGUGCUGUUCCGUAGGAAAAUUAGAUUUACUAGUACGUGAAGGUCAAGUACCAGGACAUGAAAUUGUCGGCAGUGUCGUCGCUGUAGGAUCAGAUGUGGAAGGAAUUAAGCCUGGAAUGCGUGUUGGGAUGGGUUUUUUUAAUGAUGAUUAUUAUACAAAAUUUGAACAACCAACCAGCACACUAUCAUACGAAGAUAGCACUUCAGAUACGUCCGCAAAUUCUAAAAUUGCUUAUGGAGGAUUUGCUGAUGGUGUUGUCUGGGAUGCUCGAUAUGUUUACCCAAUCCCAAAGACUAUGAGUUCUAUUGCGGCAGCACCUAUUCUAUUUACAGGAUCCAUUGCUUAUUCGGCUCUUUGUGAUGCUGGUAUUCAGCCUGGAAAUCGUGUUGGUGUCUUAGGAAUUGGUGGAAUCGGUCAUCUAGCAGUACAGUAUGCGAGAGCCUGGGGUUGUAAAGUGAUUGCAUUAUCCACCAAAUUAGAGAAGUCUCAGGAUGCGUUAAAAUUUGGUGCUCAAGAGUUUUAUGACGUUGGUGAUGAAGAAUUAUUAACAAGAGCACCAAAGAUGGAUUGCAUUCUCAUUACAUCACCAGUCGCAUUGAAGGAUUAUGAUUUCUUUAUAUCUUUACUCCAGCCUGGUGGUACAUUGGCCAUAUUAGGCCAUCCAGAUAAACCUAUUAUUAUUAACAGUUCAUAUUUAAUAUCUGAAAGUAAACGUGUCAUAGGUGUUGCCGUAAGUUCACCAUUAACUGUAAUGAAAGCGUUGGAGUUUGCCGCAGAAAAAAAUAUUGUCUCACAAACAGAGCUUUUAGAAAUGAAUGAGAUUAAUUGCACCGUAGCUCUACAACGAGUCAAAAGUAGUUCUGUUCGGUAUAAAACUGUUCUUUAUACACCUAAUUACAUGCCUGUUGUAAUAAAUCAAAGUUGGUGA